UGCUGUUGCGCCUUAAACACCGUAUGUGACUGAUCAGAAAGAACGAUCUACGUGUACAAAUCUAGUUAUAAAAAAUGCCAGGAGGCUCAGUAAAGAAAACCUGCCCCCAGUGCCGGUGCUCUCUGUUCUGUGCACAGAAAGUUUGCAAGAACUGUGGGGCAGAACAGCCCAAAAAGCCGCAUCUGAAAAAGCGGCUGCAAAAUUUUGACAAAAAAAGGCGCCAGUGGGUGAGCCAGAAAAGGCAAACCCACAACAUGGCUUCAGUAAAAGAUGAGGCUGUUGUCUUGCUAGAGAAACUACAUGCCCUUGGCUACAAGCCUCUCCUGCUCUUAGGCAAGGACCAAGGGCCGAGGGCAUAUGAAGUCCUCACCCCAAGGUGCCAGCUGGACGCCAUGGCCACUAAACACCUUGGGCAAAUAGCUGGGCUAUUUGAAUUUGUUUGUUCAGGUUGGUCCAAAACCCUUACAGAGGUGGGUGAUACCGUCAUCACCCUGUACCCUGUGGAGAAUUUGGCGGCCGCCGUGGAGGAGAAGGAGGAGCGGGCCACCGUAGAGGAGUUGAAAGUUGUUAAAGUGGAGCCAGCAGUGCUGCAUAUGCCAGUGAAGAAGGUAAAAGAAGAAGAGGUUGACGAUUUCCUUCAAGAUGACCUGUUUGCAGAUCAGAAAGUAAAAGAAGACCCCGAACUGGAUCAUGACUGCAAGACUGAAACACACACAUCACCAACCUUCAACUGCAAAGAAGAACAGUCUCCAGUGAUGGAAAUUAAACAGGAGGAAGAAUCUGAUUUAAAAGAAGAUUUCCAGAAAGACUCUUUUCCCACAAAUGAGAUGAGACAUACUGCGAUGAAGGCACAUCAUUGUACCGAGUGUGGAAAAACCUUCUGUUGGAAGAGUCAUCUCAAGUCCCACCAGAAGAUCCACACAGGAGAAAAGCCAUAUCAGUGUACUACAUGUGGGAAGAGUUUCAGGACUAGGGGAGAGGUCAACACCCAUCAGCGCACACAUACAGGAUUAAAGCCAUAUCAGUGUACUACAUGUGGGAAGAGUUUCAAGACUAAUUCAGACCUUGUCACCCAUCAGCGCACACAUACAGGAGAAAAGCCGUAUCAGUGCUCUGACUGUGGAAAGGCCUUUAGUCAAACAUCUAACCUCAAGUCACACCAGAGGAUCCACACAGGAGAAAAGCCGUAUCAGUGCUCUGACUGUGGAAAGGCCUUUAAUCAGAUGUCUCAUCUCCAAGGACACCAAAGGAUUCACACAGGAGUAAAGCCAUAUCAGUGUACUACAUGUGGGAGGAGUUUUAAGACUAAGGCAGAGUUAUCCUCCCAUCAGCGCACACAUACAAAAGAAAAGCCAUAUCAGUGCACUAUAUGUGGGUGGAGUUUUAGACAUUACUCAGCUCUUACAGCCCAUCAGAAGGUACAUACUAGACUAGAAUAUGAGCAAAAUACUCCAAACACCCUUCAAUUGAUAAACUAUUUGACUGGGUUUUUCACAGAACUGAACAUUUCAGGAUUUACUGAACCAACACUGGUGCCCAUGCCAGUGAAGGAGAUAAAAGAAGAAGAGUUUGAUGAUUUCCUUCAAGAGCACCUGUUUGCAGUUCAGAAAGAAAAAGAAAACCCUGGACUGGAUCAUGACUGCAAGACUGAAACACCCACAUCACCAAAUUUCAACUGCAAAGGAGAAAAGUCUCCAAUGAUGGAAAUUAAACAGGAGGAAGUAUCUGAUUUAAGAGAAGAUGGCCAGAAAGAGCCCUUUCCGGCAAAUGAGAUGAGACAUACUGAUAAAAAGGCAAAUCAUUAUACGGAUUAUGGAAAAGCCUACUGUAAAAUGAAUCUCAAGUCCCAGCAGAGGAUUCACACAGGAGAACAGCCGUAUCGGUGCACCACAUGUGGGAAGAGUUUCAGGAACAACUCAAAAUUCACUGUCCAUCAGCGCACACAUACAGGAGAAAAGCCAUACAUGUGCUCAGACUGUGGUAAGGCCUUUAAUCAAAAAUGUAAUCUAUUGAAACACCAGAAGAUCCACACAGGAGAAAAGCCAUAUCAGUGUACUACAUGUGGGAAGAGUUUCAGUACUAGUUCAGACCUUGUCACUCAUCAGCGCACACAUACAGGAGAAAAGCCACAUCAGUGCUUUGACUGUGGAAAGGCCUUUAGACAAAAAGCUCAUCUCAAAUCACACCUUAGGAUCCACACAGGAGAAAAGCCGUAUCAGUGCAGUGACUGUGGAAAGGCCUUUGGUCAAAGUUAUGCUCUAGUACGACACCAGAGGAUCCACACAGGAGAAAAGCCGUAUUAGUGUACUAUUUGUGGGAAGUGUUUGAGUCUGAUUUCAAAUGUUCACGAACUGGAGUCUGAAAUGUCAGGAUUUACUGAAUCGACACCGCUGCUCAUGCCAGUGAAGGAGAUAAAAGAAGAAGAGUUUGAUGAUUUCCUUCAAGAGUACCUGUUUGCAGUUAAGAAAGUAAAAGAAGACCCUGGACUGGAUUAUGACUGUAAGACUGAAACAAACACAUCACCAAUGUAUGACUGCAAAGAAGAACAGUCUCCACUGAUGGAAAUAAACAAGGAGGAAGACGCUGAUUUCAGAGAAGUUAUUCGUAAAGACUCCUACCCUACAGAUGGGAUGAGACAUACUGCGGAAAAGGCCCAUCAUUGUACAGAGUGUGGAAAAGCCUUCUGCAAGAUUAAUCAUCUCAAGUCACACCUGAGGACCCACACAGGAGAAAAGCCGUAUCAGUGCUCUGAUUGUGGAAAGGCCUUUAGUCAAAAGUCUAAUCUAACAAAACAUCGGAUGGUCCACACAGGAGAAAAGCCGUACCAGUGCACUAACUGUGGAAAGGCCUUUAGUCAAAUGUCUCAUCUCCAGGUACACCAGAUGAUCCACACAGGAGAAAAGCCGUAUCAGUGCUCUGACUGUGGAAAGGCCUUUAGUCAAAUGUCUCAUCUCCAGGUACACCAGAGGAUCCACACAGGAGAAAAGCCAUAUCAGUGUACUACAUGCGGGACUAAGACAGAGGUCAACGUCCAUGAUCGCACACAUAUGGGAGACAAGCCAUAUCCGUGCCCUCACUGUGGGAAGGCCUUUGGUCGAAGAUCUGGUCUAACGCAACACCAGAUGAUCCACAUAGAAGAAAAGCCGUAUCAGUGUGCUACAUGUGGGAAGAGUUUCAAGACGAGGUCAUUGGUCAACAGCCACCAGCGUACACAUACAGGAUAAAGGCCUCAUUAGUGCUCUGACUGGAAUGUCCUUUAGUCACAAGUAUUCUCUAAUGCGACACCAGAAGCUCCACGCAUGAGCAGGGGCGUCGCCAGCCGAUUUUGCCGGGGCUUCUGCCUCGAAUGUUUUGAGUGUAGCCCCGAAUGCAAUCUGCAAAGGUGACUACCAAAUAUGAAACCAUUAUUCAAAUCGUGCAUUGAAACUUUGAGAUGAGAUGGACCUAUUUAUCAAACAUAAAAGCAGGACACGGAUUUCCUCUCACUCUCUCUCAUGCAGCAGAUCUAACUUUUGGAACGUUUGGUUGAAAAUUAUUGGUGUUUCUGGUUUGGGAAGUCUUUGAAUCAACUGUUUAAUCUACUUCCACAUGAGAAGUGUAAUAGAGUUGAACAGUGAUCACAUUUGGCCUAAAAUUGUAUCCCACACUACACCCCAAUGAAGAGAUACUGUUAUAUUCUUGCUGUUUAAUGAUGAGCUGAAUGAAUCUGAGGCCAAAUCUGAAGAUAAUUACAAGAGGAAUACCUAAUGAAAUCAGUCGUACUGGUAAAA